GACACACUCACUCUCAGGGGGGUUCUCAUACACACUGCAGGAGCAGACCUUCCUGUACUGGGGUGGUAACUGGACAUAUAAGUAUUGAGGGGACUGUAGUAAACAGGGUGUACAGGGUCUAAAGAGACUUGAACUAGCUGGGAGCCACAAGUCAUCAUGGUUAACCUGCUGGUCCUCACACUGAAGGUUGUCCUCCUCUUAGCUGCUGUGUGGAGUGUGUGUUCAGCAGAGUUGAUCACAGUGGAAGGAUAUGAGGGGGGCAAGGCAGAGAUCAGAUGCCCUUAUAAAGAGGAGUGGAGGAGCCAACAGAAGUACCUCUGCAAAGGGGAUUGUUCUGUUUUUAAUAAAGACAAAGUUAUUAAGACUGAGGCAGGGGAAAACAGUGCUUCUAACGGGAGAUACUCGCUGAAGGACAACAGAGAAGAAAGUGUCUUCAUUGUGACAAUCACCAACCUGACGUUAAAUGAUGCUGGGAGAUACUGGUGUGGAGUGGACAAAUGGGGACAAGAUAACUACAUUAAAGUGAACCUUGAAGUCUCUGAAGCAAAACCAACAAUCACCACCAAAACAGAACCUACUACAACCGCUUCAGACCCUGGUUCACCAACUUCAUCAUCCUUAGCCAUCUCACCACCGUCAUCCAUCUCAUCAACGCACAAUGGAUCUGGAGCAUCAGUGAUCAUCAUAGUAUCUAUGAGUCUGGUUACAUUGCUGCUUGUAGUCGGUCUGCUUAUAGUCUACAGAUGGAAAUGCAACAAGAAAACAGCUGUCUCCCCUGCAUCGACGGUGAACACUGGGAUCAACAGAGAGGGUUGUGAUGGUGACUAUGAGGAAAUAAAUGAACAACCCCUACAUUCCAACAUCUACGCCAACUUACCCACAAGCCCCUCUGAAUCUCAACUAUGCCGGUCUCAACUUCCACAAGGACCCCAGCUGCCCCAAUGAAGCCAGUGCUGUCAUUUUAAGAGGGCACUUCUUCUGGUGAUGCCACUCUCAACGUUGGUCAAAACCCUACCUAGUCCUCCCAUCUACUCCACAGUCCGCAAACCCAGAAACACCUGAGUCACUGUCAACCAAUCAGAAGGGACAUACACACACUGGCAACCAAUCACAGUGACCUGUUAUUAACUAUGUGUGCCACCUCUUGAAUGUUGAGAUUUAAUUUGAGCAAACAUCUGCAUAAUCUGCUUUAUGUCCUCAAUCAGAUGUGCUACUUUGACUUCUGUCUUUCAUGUCUCUGCUCACCUUGUCUUAAUGUUUAGGUCACUUAGGCCUAAUUUGCAUGUUAAUAUCUAAGUAAAUAUUGGCUCACUAUAUGCA